AUGUCUCAGGAUAGAGCGGAGAAAGGCCAGGGCGACCAGACACAGCAACCUCUUUCUCAGCCUGCCCACUCUCUCACCUACACAGAUGUCAUCAGCGAAUUAGGCACAAACUCGGAUGAUGGAUUGACCUCGGGAGAAGUCAAGCUACGGCUGGAGAAAUAUGGUGAGAACAUGCUGGAGGGAGACGAAGGCGUCUCCCUCGCCAAGAUUGUCAUUCGACAGAUUGCCAAUGCCAUGAUGCUGGUCCUUAUUAUUGCCAUGGCUGUCAGUUUCGGCAUUCAGUCCUGGAUUGAAGGUGGCUUCAUUGCUGCCGUUAUUGCUCUCAACAUCGUGGUCGGCGUUUACCAGGACUACGCAGCAGAGAAGACCAUGGACUCGCUGCGAUCACUCAGUUCACCCACUGGUGUUGUUUCUCGCGAUGGUAAAACAUCCACCGUGCCAGCCAACGAGAUUGUACCUGGUGACAUGGUGGAACUGAAAGUGGGAGAUACAGUGCCCGCUGAUGUCAGAUUGGUGGAGGCGUUCAAUUUCGAAACCGACGAGGCCCUUCUCACUGGCGAGUCUCUGCCAGUACUGAAAGACGCCACUGCCACGUUUGACACCGACACCGGUCCAGGUGAUAGACUCAACAUUGCUUACAGCUCAUCCACCGUGACUCGUGGCCGUGCCCGUGGUGUGGUUGUUGGAACUGGCAUGAGAACCGAAAUUGGAGCUAUUGCCAUGGCCUUGCGCGGAACAGACUCGAAGCGUCGCCCUGUGAAGCGUGGCCCUGAAGGAGAAACCAAGAAGAGAUGGUAUAUCCAGGCUUGGACUUUGACCACCACCGAUGCCAUUGGACGCUUCUUGGGCACUAAUGUCGGUACACCGUUGCAACGGAAAUUGUCCAAAUUGGCUCUGCUAUUGUUUGCCAUUGCUGUGAUCUUUGCCAUUGUUGUGGCUGGCUCUAACGACUGGCGCGGAGAUAGUGAGGUUAUCAUUUAUGCCGUCGCCACCGGUCUAGCUAUGAUUCCGGCUUGCUUGGUGGUUGUAUUGACAAUUACAAUGGCCGUCGGAACGAAGCAGAUGGUGAAGCGAAAUGUGAUUGUCCGAAAAUUGGACUCUCUGGAAGCACUUGGUGCUGUCACUAAUAUCUGCUCAGACAAGACGGGUACUCUCACACAAGGUCGCAUGGUCGCUAAGAGGGCCUGGAUUCCCUCUGUGGGCACAUACUCCGUCGGAUCUUCGAAUGACCCCCUCAACCCAAAGGAUGGCGAUUUGAGUCUGGUACCUGAGCAGCCUAUCCAACUUGACGAAAAGUCCACCGGCCAACCUUCAAGUCCAGACGAUCUGCUGAAGGACAACGAUGCCCUCAAGGAAUAUUUGGACGUAGCUUCUAUGGCCAACCUCGCUCAUAUCCAUGAAACCGCCAACGAUGGCUGGCAAGCUCGUGGCGAACCUACAGAUAUCGCUAUUCAAGUCUUUGCCUCUCGAUUCGACUGGGGCCUGGAACGCUGGACCAAAGGCGAGAAACCCGUCUGGCAGCAACAGGCCGAGUACCCAUUUGACUCCAGCGUGAAGAAGAUGUCAGUUAUCUUCUCUAAGCGCGAUGAAAACUCAGAGAAGUCUCGUGAGAUGAUCUUCACAAAGGGUGCCGUUGAGCGCGUUCUUGAGGCAUGCACCACAAUCAAAUGGAAGGCUGAUAGUGAGCCCGUUCCCCUUAAUGACGAGAUCAAGGAUGAGAUUCUUGAGAACAUGGAGGCCCUAGCUAAAGAGGGCCUUCGAGUACUUGCCAUGGCUGGCCGAAAGCACACUGCCGACCCGAAGGAAGGUGGCGAGCCUCUUCCUCGAGAGGAAAUUGAGAAGGACCUGUCAUUCUAUGGUCUCAUCGGUCUCUAUGAUCCCCCUCGCCCUGAGACAGCUGGUGCUAUCAGUCAAUGUUACAAGGCUGGAAUCUCUGUCCAUAUGGUGACUGGUGACCACCCCGGAACUGCUCGCGCUAUCGCAGCCCAGGUUGGAAUUAUCCCUGCAAACAUGGAUAGUAUCGCCAAGGACGUUGCCGAUGCGAUGGUGAUGACUGCUUACGAGUUCGAUAAGUUGACUGAGGAUGAAAUUGACGACUUGCCCACGCUUCCGUUAGUCAUUGCUCGCUGUGCACCUAAUACCAAGGUUCGCAUGAUUGAUGCUCUGCAUCGUCGUGGCAAGUAUGUUGCUAUGACUGGUGAUGGUGUCAAUGAUUCCCCGUCUCUCAAACGUGCUGAUGUCGGGAUUGCCAUGGGCCAGAAUGGUUCUGAUGUCGCUAAGGAUGCAUCUGAAUUGGUGCUAUCGGAUGAUAACUUUGCCUCUAUCAUCAACGGUAUCGAGGAAGGACGUCGUAUUUUCGACAAUAUCCAGAAGUUCGUUCUGCAUCUUCUCGCAGAAAAUGUUGCCCUGGCCCUCACCUUGCUCAUUGGUCUCGCCUUUAAAGAUGACAGCAAUCAGUCUGUUUUCCCCAUUGCACCUGUCGAGAUCAUUUGGAUCAUCAUGAUUACCUCCGGCCUUCCUGAUAUGGGCCUGGGAAUGGAAUCUGCCGCCCCAGAGGUGAUGGACCGACCCCCACAAAGCAAACAAGGCAUUUUCACAUGGGAAAUCAUCAUCGACACCUUGGUCUAUGGAGUUUGGAUGGCAGCCCUUUGUCUCUCGGCAUUCGCGCUCGUCAUGUUCCGCUGGGGCGAUGGUAAUCUCGCUAUGGGUUGCAACACUCAAUACAAUGAUCCAAACAAGCCAUAUACCUGCGACACAGUCUUCCGUGCCCGUGCAACAACAUUCACCUGUAUGACUUGGUUCGCGCUUUUCCUCGCCUGGGAGAUGAUGAACCUCCGCCGCAGCUUCUUCCAGAUGCAGCCUGACUCCAAGCGUCGCUACACCCAGUGGAUGCACGAUAUCUGGAACAACAAGGUUCUGUUCUUUGGUAUCAUGACUGGAUUUGUUCUUGCUUUCCCGAUUCUCUAUAUCCCCGUUAUCAACCACAAGGUGUUCAAGCAUAGCAGUAUCUCCUGGGAAUGGGGUAUUGUCUUUGUCGAGACUAUCCUUUUCUUCCUUGGUAUUGAGAGUUGGAAGUGGUGCAAGCGUGUUUACUUCCGUCGUCAAGCUCGCAAGGCUGAAGCUGCGGGCGAGCAGCCUGGAGGCGAGAGAAGGGGCCUGAGAGAUUUCAGUCGCUACACUACUAUGGACCGCUCGGAUACCCAGGCCAGUGAGAUGAAGGUGGAACAGUCAAUGGUGUAG